GCCGGGACCCCUUGGGGAGCCCCGAGUUCGUCCUCUGCGCCCCAACUCGGGCCCAUCAGAGAGAGCCGCGCGUCGCCGAGACCCUCAGGGUUCCCGGGCGGAGAGCAGGGAUGCAGCCCGGAACCCCAGGCACGGCAGCGCUUUGAGCAAAGCCUGGUGACAGGCAGGGGCUCUCCCCACCAGCCUUGCUAACCCAGCAUCAAGAUGCUGAGCCUGAAGCUCCCCAAGCUGUUCAACAUAGACCAGGUGCCCCAGCAGUGGAAGCUGUAUCUCCUGCGACGCCUGUGCUCCUUCCGGAAGCAGAUUGUCCGGCUCACAGAUUCAGGCUGGAGAGGAGGUGAAGCAGUUGGAGGCCUCUCUGCCAUCCUGUUGCUGCUUUGGAGCCAGCUGAGCAUGGACUGAAAUGUGUUCCAUGAGCAGGGCAUCCUCUUCGGCUACCGGCACCCUCAGAGCUCCGCCACUGCCUGUGUGCUAAGCCUUUUCCAGAUGACCAAUGAGACCCUCAACAUCUGGACCCACUUAUUGCCCUUCUGGUUCUUUGUGUGGAGGUUUGUGACUGCGCUGUGCGUGACAGACAUCUGGAAUGACAGCUACUCGUGGCCCAUGCUCGUGUACAUGUGCACCAGCUGCGUGUACCCCCUGGCAUCCAGCUGCGCACACACCUUUAGUUCCAUGUCUAAGAAGGCCCGGCACAUCUGCUACUUCCUGGACUACGGCGCGGUCAACCUCUUCAGCCUGGGCUCGGCCAUCGCCUACUCCGCCUACACCUUCCCAGACGCACUGGUGCGCACAGCUUUCCGGAACUACUAUGUGGCCCUGGCCGUGUUCAACACCAGCCUCAGCACCGGCCUCUCCUGUUACUCCAGGUUCCUCGAAGUCCAGAAGCCUGGGCUUUCCAAGCUUCUCCGCAUCCUGGCCUUUGCGUACCCCUACAUCUGGGACUCGUUCCCCAUCUUUUACAGGCUCCUCCUGUUCCCGGGGGUCAGUGCACAGAACGAAGCCAUCUUGUACCACUGGAAGCACAUGGCCAUGACCCUCCUGGCCUCCUUCUUCUACUCCGCUCACCUGCCUGAGCGCCUGGCCCCCGGCCUCUUUGACUACGUGGGUCACAGCCACCAGCUGUUCCACGUUUGCGUAAUCCUGGCCACGCACAUGCAGACCGAGGCCAUCCUGCUAGACAAGGCGCUGAGGAGGGAGUGGCUGCUGGCCGUGUCCCAGCCCUUCUCCUUCCUGCAGAUCGCCGCGGCCCUGCUUCUGUGCCUCAUCUUCAGCCUCGGCAACAUCAUUUAUUUCUCCGCUGCUCUUUAUCAGACCCCGGAACCAGAGUCACAGAAAAAGGAAACAUGAUUCAGGCCGGAAGCUUCCGGUCCCCGGUGUCACUUUAGGGGCGACUCCCCGAUGCCGUGAGCUGGGGGCGUGGUUCUGGCUCACAAAGGUUGAAAUAUCUCCAACAACUCCUGGGUGCUUUUGAAUGGGUUCGCGUCAGAGGGUAUUUAACUCGGAGAUUCCUCUAAGUGGGCACUGGUUCUGAAUGUGAUUUUAAAAUGGGCUCAGUAAGACCUUUUCUCUCUUUAAUGUGGUACUGAGAAUUGAACCCAGGGCCUUGACACUGUGCUAGAUCGUGGCCUUCUUUAAACUUUU